AUGCCUGGACCAAACAAUAGAAAACAUCAUCAAGGUAGACCAAUUUACCAAGCCAAAGCAACCUUUGCCGCUGACUAGCAACCAGCUCCAGGGCAACAACAACAGCAAAUACCAUAAUACCAUUAGUAAUAUCAGCCAAAGUAGAAUAACCGAGGAGGAGGAUAGUACCGCGGGGUGGCACCAAUGAACAACUACAAUAAUAACAAUGCAGGAGGAGGAAUGAUGAACUAUAAUCAAAUAAUGCCGAUAGUCCAUAAAGAUAACAUUGAUUAAAUGGACAAAGGGCAGCUAGAAGGUGUCCUCCUUUAACUUGUAUCAAUGUGCAGCCCAGAACUAUUGAAUCAAAUUACAAAAUAAUCUUAAGGCCUUAUACCUUAGCAGUAGUAUAAAAUGGAUUUCAAUGUUCCGCGUCCCAUAAACAUCAAUAGCCAACCUCAAGUGAAAACUCAAGCAUAGACCUAAUAAUAAAAUUAGCUUUAGCCAACUAAUCAGAUGCCUAUCGGCUAGCCACCAUAAUAAUAUGGUAAAGUUUAUUUAGGACCAGGAGGGAUGAUGCCACCAAUGGUCUAAAAUUACAUGAAUCCAAGGUCUAAGAUCAGCAAUAAUCUAUGCGAAACUCACUUCCCAGAGCCUGUCAUGUUUCACUUGGAAAGACCUGUCUGCAGGAAAUGUAUCCCUGAGUAUAUGAAAUAGCAACAAUAGAGAAGAAGAAAGAAUCAACUCAAUUAAAAUCAAGUGAAUCUGAUUGCUUAAGGACUAGGGAUAAGUACUAUGGCCCUUAACACUUAUCAAACAGAAAAGAACAUGGUUAGCAGAAGUUUAGAGAAAAUUUAGGAAUUCAGAAACGACCACAGAUACUACGAGAUGGAGCUAAAGGAAAGAGAAGAGCAAUCAGAAAAUUACUUAAAUACGCUGCCAAACUUAAUGAGUGGAAUGUUUGAUCACUUAGAGGCUCUUGUUGGUUAGUAAGAGCAACAGUUUUAUGAGGAAAUUACAAACCUAGUGAAAAAGCAAUAAGAGAAUAUCAGAAAAGAUAUCGAGAGAAAAGUGCCAGGCUUCACUCAAAGACUCUCCUAAAAAUACACUUAGCUUUAGCAAGCUUCAUAAAUAGCAUCUUAGUAAAGUGAGGAUCAACAAAUUUAGGUCCUGGAGCAGUAUUAUAACAUCUUCACAGACUUAGAUGCUGAAUUUGAAAAGUACUUCAAUGAAUUUGAAAGCAUCGGAAAGCUUCAAAGACUGGUAGAAAAGGACCCAAAUGAAAUAAUUAAAGAGUUUAAUGAUCUUGUAGAGGGAAAUCUACGAGUUGAUUUCAAUGUAAAAAAUAGUUUCGGAAAUCUAGUGGGCCAGAGAUUGCAUUCAUUCCAGUGGAACUAAAGAUACGCCUAGAUAUACAAGGUGAAAACCAACAAUUUUGAAAAAAGGAUGGUGACUAUGGACUAGGAAGUACCUUUAUAUUCAAGGUCAAUCGCCAUCGAAUCUGGUUAAAUCUACCUUAUUGGGGGCUAUAUUAAGAGAUAAAAUAUGUAUCUUAAGAAAUGCUACAGAUUUGAUGAGAUUUUCAACAGACUUGAAGCCAAAUCAGAUAUGGUAUACCCUCAUGCAGAUCAUUCGCUCUGUGCCAUUGAGUCUUUUAUCUUUGUUGUAGGCACUUUUGUAAACAACUAAGUUUACGGUUACUCCGAGAGAUAUGAUUGUCAAAAAGAUAAAUGGAAGGUUAUAGCGCCCCUAAACAUCCCAAGAUCAGGCGUUGCUCUUUGCAGUUUCAAAAACUAGUAUCUCUUUGCCUUCGGAGGUAGAGUAGACUAAAAAAGGAUCGUUGAUAUAAUUGAAGUUUAUGAUAUCAAGAGAAAUUCCUGGCAAGAAAUUCCCUCAACUCUCUGCGAUAAGACUAAGUGGAUCCCGGCUUAUAUGAGUCUUGCUUAUCAAAUCACUGAUAAGGAGAUUAUGAUUUUUGGUGGUAAAAGCGCUCUGACAUUCUAGAUAUUUAACGGUGUGUUCGUCUUUGACAUCGAGAAGAUGGAGGUUGUUGAGAGAGGAUCCCUUGUGAAUCCUUGCUCUUAUAUGAACACUCCCUUAGUGUUCAAUCAUCAUUUGUAUGCCUUCGGAAAUGACAUCUACAUUCAUAAGUACUCCAUCCCAGAGCAAAAAUGGACCUGCAUUCCCAAAGCUAUUCUUUGA